UUCCAUCAGUGGUCUCUUUGUCUUUGUGUCUGUGUUUGUGUUUGUGUUAUAGUUCCUUUUCUUGAUUAUCAAAAAAAAAAAAAAAAAAAAUUUCCAUUUCCAAAGUAUGGCUUGGGCUCUUGUUUCUACCAUCGUGGACCAGCUUGGUUCACUCAUUGCUUCAGAGUUCAAGGACCGGUUUGGUUCGCUUCUUGCUUCAGAGGUUGCGUCGAUUGUAAAUGUCAAGGAAGAAGUCGAAAAGCUUGAACGCAAAUUCCACGAGAUCCAGGCAAAGCUCAACGAUGCAGAGGAAAGGCAAGUGAAGGAGGAAGCUGUGAGGCUUUGGUUAAAAAAGCUCAACGACGUAUCCUACGAGAUGGCCGACGUGUUGGAUGAGUGGAACACUGCCAAGAUCAAAGCAGACAUUGAGAAAGAAAAAGAAGCUGAAGCUAGUACUGCUAAGAGGAGGAAGGUAUUGUCCCUAACCAACUUGUAUUCCUCAGUUUCUACUGUUUCCCAGCGUCGUGAUAUUGCUCUUAAGAUAAAAGAAAUUACUGAAAAGUUAGAUAAGAUUGACAGAGAGGGAGAAAUGUACAAGUUUGUACUGACUAGUGGCAAUGACGAAGUUGUGAAACCACCAACUGAUUCUCACGUUGAUGUUUCGGACAUUAUAGGUCGUGAUGAGGUUAGAGGUCAUCUAGUGAAAAUGCUAUUGGGCAGGGGUAAUGAAGAAGAAAGAAGCCCCCAUGUCAUCUCUUUGGUGGGCAUGGGCGGUGUUGGAAAAACCACUCUUGCUCAACUAGCCUAUAAUGAUAGUGAGUUGAAUUCGGCCCAUUUUGAGAAAAAAGGGUGGAUUUGUGUUUCUGAUCCUUUCGAUAAGUUUAUGGUUGCCAAAGCAAUCAUUCAAGCUUUUGGAGGUGGUGAGUCCAACAUUACUCAAUGGUCAAGUCUAAUGGAUAAAAUGUGUGAAACAAUUCAGGAAAGGAAGCUUUUUUUUGUCUUCGAUGAUGUGUGGAUUGAAGACUCUAUGUUGUGGGAGCCAUUCAGGCUUGCACUUCAAAAUGCUGCCCAAGGUAGUAGAAUUCUAGUCACUACACGUAAAAGUAAAGUUGCAGACAUUGUGGGAAGUGCAGAAAGAAUCAAUUUGGAGGAAUUGUCUGAUGAUGACUGUUGGUCGAUUUUUAGUAGAAUAGCAUUUUCUGACAGAGAUUCUGAGCAACGUAAGGAUUUAGAAGAGAUUGGCAGAAAAAUAUCAGACAAGUGCAAAGGCUUGCCCCUUGCUGCAAGGACUCUAGGGAGUCUCAUGCGUUUCAAGAGUGAGAAGGAACAGUGGGAGAUGGUUUUUUUUAGUAGAUUGUGGGAAUUAGAAGACGUUGAAAAAGGUCUUUUUGCCCCAUUGUUGUUUAGUUAUUAUGAUUUGCCCUCACCACUGAAACGGUGUUUCUCAUAUUGUGCUGUUUUUCCAAAAGAUUAUGUCUAUUUUGAAGAGGAGUUGGUAUCUAUGUGGAUGGCACAAGGUUAUAUUAAGUCGAAUGCAAACAUGGAGAGAAUUGUGGCAAGAGAAUACUUGAAAAUUUUACUCAUUCGCUCUCUCUUCCAACGGGAUUAUGGAUAUAAAGAAAAUAUUAUGAGCUUCCAGAUGCAUGAUAUAGUGCAUGAUUUGGCACAAUUCAUGGCAAAAAAUGAAUGCAUCACAAUCAAUGGUUACGAAGAGUUCGGGCAAAAUCUUCAAAAUGCUCGGCAUUUGUAUUUAGAAAUUCCACAAAAUGCUCAAAUUCCCGAGUCCAUCUAUAGCGCAAAAAAUCUUCGCACCCUCAUUUUCGUUGGUCUUAGAGCUCAUAACUUGUCCAAGUUGUUCCAGCAUUUUAAACUGUUACGGACAUUAACUUUGAGUUAUCAACUUGGGACAAAGGUAAUGAAACUUCCAGAUGCUAUAGGAAAUUUGUUACAUUUAAGGUAUCUUAAAAUACAUUAUUACUCUAGAGACAGAUUACCUGAGACCAUCUGUAAUCUUUCCAAUCUACAAAUUUUGAAUAUUGCAAUUCAUUUACCAAAUGAGCUCAAGAAAUUACCUCAGGGGAUGAGUAAACUAAUUAACUUAAAACAUCUUAUUUUGGAAGAAGAAUAUUUUUGGACCCGUAAGUUAAAGUUUCCAAGAGAGAUUGGGAGAUUGAGUUCUCUUACAAAAUUAAGUCAUUUCUUUAUAGGUGGCAAGGAUGAUAGCCAAAGAUGUGAACUCGGAGAAUUAAAAUAUUUGAACAACCUUCAAGGAACUCUUCAAAUAUAUGGGCUGGGGAACGUGGUAGAUGCGUGUGAGGCCAAGAAUGCAGAGCUCAAGAAAAAGAAAGGCCUCCGUGAUUUGUAUCUGCACUUUUCUGAAGAGAACGUAGAGAAUCAUGGAGGAAGAAUGGAGACUGAUGUAUCAGUUCUGAAUGCCUUAGAGCCACCUCCAGGCUUGGAGAAGUUACAAAUUGAUUGGUACGAGGGCACCACAAUGUUCCCUAAUUGGAUGAUGUCCCUAGCCAAAUUGAAAAGGCUUACUCUGACAGAUGGCGAAAAUUUAGAACGUUUACCUCCUUUGGGAAAGCUUCAGUUCCUUGAAUAUUUACAUAUAUGGGGUCCCUCUUUUCCAUUCAAAAAGGUGGGUGUUGAAUUUUUGGGAAUAGAAUCUGAAAACAAGAAAGACGGCAUAAUCAAAAUAUUCCCAAAUUUAAAUACUCUCCGGUUUGAGUGUUUGCCCGAGUGGGAAGAAUGGGUUGGGAUUGGAGGACAAGAAGAUUGUAUUAUUAUAAUGCCCUGUCUUCAAACGUUGCAAAUUUAUGGCUGCCCAGAGUUAAAGUCCCUGCCGGACUUCCUUUUUAAAAUUUCAUUGCAGAAGUUUGAGGUGUAUGAGAGUCCGAUUCUCCACAAACGUUACCAAAGAGGGACAGGAGAGGAUUGGGCCAAGAUUUCCCAUAUCCCAGACAUCAUGAUUGAUUAUAUUGAAGUGCAAAGAUACGGGCAAGAAGUUAUUUGACGAGGAUUAUGAAGAAGAGUUUGACCAAGAAGAGCAUGUCUGAUGACGAAGAAGAGGGCCAAUGAUCUUUGUGUUUCUAGGUUCACAAAUUUUAGCUACAAGUAGAGAUUUAUCAAUGUCGAUUUGUGUGUGUGUCUUGAUUAAGUGUUGCAAAAGUCUGAUCCAGUCCCAGGUUGAACUCAAAACUAUGGUCCAUAUGGGGUAACCGCAUUUUGCUUAAGAGGGAAAUGGUCGUGCAAAUAACUAACAAUUUAUUUAGCACCAUAAUAAGGAAAACAGGAAGUUUUAGUGGCACCUUUGAAACUGUCUACAGCAUUCACCAUUUCAUAGUGGUUUUCAUAAUGGUAGUAUAACUUGCAUAUUGUAUCACAUAAUGAUACAUGACAGUGAGUUAAGUACUUGAUCAGGUUCUGGUUCUUUGUGGUGACAUUAUAUUUAAUCCCCGAGAUUUGAACUUCUGAUAUUUUUCCUGAUUUGUCAAGAACUAAAGUUGUAAGCAUUAUCUUAGGUGUUGUAAUCUUUAUUUUAUUAUAGUGAAUUAUUUGUAUUUGUCCCAUGGUUUUUCACUCUA